AUGGCAGACAAGACGCCGAAGGAUGACGCCGAAAGCCGCAUUCGUGCCACAGCCCUCACACAUGCCUUGGAUAUCGAGGCAAGAAAGAAACUACAAGCUCGAAUCGCAGACCUCGUAGUCGAGGCUUUUGACUUGCCAUCGAAGCCAGAUGCUGACCCGGCACGCCCGCAAGCCUCUGAUGCAUCGUUAUUUAAAGAAUGCCUGGGUCUUUUUCAAGCUUCAGAUCUCGACGAUCUGAUCUAUGAACGAAAUGUAGACAAUCGCUGCGGCUAUGCUUUGUGUCCGAAGCCAAACCAGAAGUUGGCACAUAACGGCCAGAAGGUCUGGAACAGAAAGGGAGGAAAGGAGUUUGCUCUUGUCGAUAAGGCCGAGUUGGAAAAAUGGUGCUCGAGAUCUUGUCGGGACAGGACAAUGUUUAUUCGAGGUCAGCUGGGAACAGAGCCAGCCUGGCUUCGAGAAAUCAAAGCCGUUGAUAUCAGAUUGCUAGAGGAGUUCAAUCCAGAAAGUCUGUCCGACUCAUUCCAUGCCCUCUCCCUUUCCAAGAGCGCCGACGAAGGCCUGGCUAGUAAAAUGCAAGAACUCGCGCUCGAACGCGGUGAGCACAAUGUUGCCGGAGAUCCCGAACCGGUUGCCAUUGUCGAAAAGUUCAGCGACGCCAUUCCGAAAGCUCCGAGGCCUCAGUCGCAGGACGAUACAGUUGAAGGACACCACCCACGGAAUAUCCGUCCUUCCAAGCCUUCAAUGACUGGAUCUCGAGCACCGAACAAGAGCUAG